AUGGACGAAUGGCGAUGGGUUCCCAGCAAGCUAAAUCCGGCAGACGCUGCAACGAAAUGGGGAAAAAACGCUUGCCCUGACGUAUGCGACGAAUGGUUCCAAGGUCCGGAGUUUCUACGACUUUCCGAGGAACACUGGCCGAAGCAAACACAUCACUCGAUUCAGCCGGAGGAGGAACUGCGGCCUUGUUUCGUUAUCCGAGAAUCGAUCGAUCAGCAGAGUAUAUUGGACUUCACCCGUUUCUCGAAGUGGAGACGACUGCUAGGUGCGAUGGCAUAUGUCCAUCGUUUCGUAGAUAAUUGUAGACGUAGACGUCGAGGAGAGCAGCUACAGCUGUUGUAUUUGAGCCAAGAUGAAAUGAAGAAAGCGAAGAAUUCUUUAAUGCGGAUCGUGCAGUAUCAAGAGUACCCAGAUGAGAUGGCUCUGUUUUCGAAAGGACCAAUCGAGCUUCCCAGGACAAGCAGAUUAUAUCAGUUGACUCCAACAGUUGAUGAGUGGGGAGUGCUACGCGUCGAUGGAAGAAUUGGCGCCGCUCCACAUGCGGCGUUUGAUGCGAGGUUUCCGAUUAUUCUACCAAGAACGCAUCCAGUGACGAAGCUUGUGGUGGACGAUUUUCAUCGAACAUUCCGACACGGUAACGCAGAAACUGUGGUGAACGAGAUUCGUCAGUUUUACUACAUCUUCAAAUUAAGAACAGUAGUGAAGCAAGUGGCCGCCGAAUGUCAGUUUUGUAAAAUAUUGAAAACGACCCCUAAAAUCCCGCGAAUGGCUCCACUACCAGUUGCCCGUUUGUCGUCAUUCACUCGCCCAUUUACAUACACCGGUAUCGAUUUCUUAGGUCCGUUGAUGGUGAAAGUUGGGAGAAGCUCCGCUAAACGUUGGAUCUGCCUAUUCACGUGUCUAACUACUCGUGCCGUCCAUGUUGAGGUUGCUCACAGUCUAUCUACGCCUUCAUGCGUAAAGUGCGUUCGGCGUUUUGUCUGCCGUCGUGGAGCACCGGCCGAAGUAUAUACUGAUAACGGUACUAAUUUUCUGGGUGCCGAGCGUCUAUUGAAAGAACAAUUGAAGUUAUUACACGGCGAUUUGGCAGCGACAUUCACCAACGCAGAAACCAAAUGGCACUUCAUACCUCCCGGAGCACCUCACAUGGGCGGUGCUUGGGAAAGGAUGGUGCGUUCAAUAAAGUCUGCCAUGGAAUCGACCUAUAACAGUGACCGGAAGCUGGACGACGAAGGCCUGGAAACGUUGGCCGUCGAAGCCGAAGGGAUUGUGAACAGCAGACCACUCACCUACUUGCCUCUGGAUGCUGCAGAAGGAGAAUCGCUUACACCUAAUCAUUUCCUCCUCGGAAGUUCCAGAGGUGUUCGCCAACCUGCAGUUCCAUUCAGUGACCCGGCAACUGCGGUGAAGAACUCCUGGACGCUAAUACAACACCAACUCGACAUUUUUUGGAAGCGAUGGAUUCGGGAAUACCUCCCGAUGUUGACGAAGCGGAUGAAGUGGUUUGGAGAAGUUAGGCCCGUAGCCGUAGGAGAUCUGGUACUCAUAGUGGACGAUACCCGGAGGAACGGAUGGACUCGUGGACGAGUGAAGGAAGUCAUAACUGCUAAAGACGGAAGAGUUCGGCAAGCUGUUAUUCAGACUGCGAGGGGGUUAUUGCGUAGACCGGUAUCGAAAUUGGCCGUGUUGGAGGUUGAGUCAGGUGGUAAAACUGGGACCAGUGGCCAGUGUUACGGGGGGGAGGAUGUUGCUGCCAGCACUGCCCCGCGGUGUAACCGUAACUGAACGGUGUAGCUCCCGACAGGCUGUUAUGUCAUCCGUGGGAAUGUCAGCCAACCGAAUGACAUACAGAAGCGAAAAUUGUCACUUGUUCUUUGUAAACGUGGUGAAAGGGCAUGCGAGUACGUGACAAUGUGAAAACUUAUAGGAGAAUACUUGAAUUUAUUAUUUCUUUAAACUAUUUACAGCUGAACUUAUAAGCUAACGUUAAAAUCAAACUGAACUUAAACCUAAACAGUAUCACAGUUGGUGAUUAUCACAGUGAGUUCGAUAUAUUCUAUUAGAUACUAAAUCUAACCUUAAAAUUAAAUAUCACAGAUAGGCAGCGUAGGCGAAAACUAAGGCAAGACAGUAAAAAUCUCUUCGAGAUUAGGCUCACCGAAAUGUCUUAAAGCUGUAUACGCACCAACUACCGAGUUUGCGAUCUGCUAAAGACUUCGGGAGAAGCCUCUUUGUUCUGGGAACAGCCGGGGU